AUGCCAAAUGUUGACGCCUGGUUGGCGACGCCGACCGGUCGAACCACGUCGACCCAAAGAAUAGGCUCCGUUGCUCCUUCCAUUCCUUCGAGGGGUACUUUGACGACGCAUUUGCUCGCCCAACCGCAAAAGCAACGGCGUCAGGUUGAUUCCUCCGAAGCGGUUCUGGAAGAAGAAAAAAUGGUCAAAGUCGAAGGGUCACAGUUUUUCGGUGGCAACAAGGAAAAAGAAGAAUUUUUCGACCCCGUCGCCGAAGCGGAAGCCGGUAUCGCCACUUUCGUUCCAGAUACAACCAGUGAUGCGGUUGACACCAUUCUGCCUAAAGCUACCACGUACGAUCGAUUUAUGGAUCGAGAUGCCUUUUUGGAUAUCGACGUUGCUGCUUUGGCACAAAGCUUGCAGGUCCAAAUCAACGCUGCAUUGUACGAAGGGGCCGAGAUUCCAGCCGAUGCUUCCAGUCAGCAGUAUACCUACGUAUCCAGUGCGCUGGAGUGGACGACUCCUCUGUCGCGCAAAGGUGAUGGCGGUUUAUCGCCACUGCAAGAACUGGAAGCCGCUCUCGAAUUUUACCGACGUCUAGACGUUGCCGUUGUUUCGGGGACACGCGUUUCCGAUUCGACGUUUGUCUUGCGCUGGACCAUUUCCUUGGCGUGGCCCAUAUUCUGGGAGCCGCGCGUUCUCAUCACGGGAACAUCGGAAGUAACAGUCAAUGAGCGGAAGCAAAUUACGCGACAAGUUGACAGUUUGGACGAUACGGAUUUGACGGCGAGUAUUGCCCGUCAGGUUUUUCCGCGAUUCUGGGACGUAUACCACAUCGGUAUGACACCGUCGACCGAAGUCAUGCCCAAACUUUCUGUAAAAACGUCUCCUUUGGCCCCUUAUAAAGUAUACGAUAUUCCUCCCCAACUGGUGCUGCAGCCGACCAUGAAGGAUCUUGGCACCCGUGAGGACAACAACGCCGGUCUCAUCCCCAACCACGGAUUUUCGUGUGUGGUCAAAACCAUGGGACCGCAGAAGCAACGCUACGUACCGACCUCACCAACUGAAGUGCAAAUUAGGCCUGGCUCGGAUGGAAAUGUAAACCUAAAAUGGACCAUUCCCCUUGGAGUCGAGUUCUUGACGAACCCAUCUUUGCUGCUGCCCCAACCAGAUCAAGAAACGCCAGAAAAUAUUGACCCGGAUGCGAAAUACGUUCUCCAACCCCGCCGCCAAGUAGCAACCGUCCCGUAUGCCGGCGGUCCGCAAGAUGUGGCCAUUGCAAGUAUCCGCAAACGCUUUUUCGAGCAAAUCGUCAAGGAUGGUUUACAGCCUAAACUGGACGAAAGUGGUCGACCUCUAUUCUUCUUCUGGCAAAACUCAGUCAAAACGUGUUUUACAGAAGAAGGACUUGGUAUGGCAGUUUACGAAUACCGACCUGAUAUUGCCAAAGCUAAUGAAGUGGGGAUUGAAUUGCAGGUAUCGGACGAGCCGAAACCGACGCUACGAUCAUAGCUCGAAUGGGGGUUUCGAAAAUACCAAAAUUCAGCGUUGUGAAAAUUGACAUUCUCAAUUUGUCCACUAGAGGAUUAUUGGUUCGCACGCAAUGAUACACACCGCCGGGAAACCCUUUAGUAACUUGUGCUGGCAGCGGACAACGCUUCGUUACUCACUGUCAUUGCAAAGUCAAUUCCGAUUCCGGCCCUUGUGCAUGUAGUCGAAUACCACAGGGAGCGGAAGCCGUCUCUAAGUCAGUCUUUAAAGUCAUAUAGGAAACACGAAAACACG